AAGAUCGCACGCAGCAAUCACGUCCAAGUAUGCUUCAUACGACGGCAUCCAAUGGGUGCAUCUCCUAAUGGAUAGAGCUCCUAAUCCGCCAUGGUGUCGUCAAGUAAUCAUGUUGGACAACGAAAUGUUGGUGGAUAGACAUCCAAGUCACGACCUGUGCAAUCCGUUCGAGGUCUCUUCAUCCUUGGCAAUGCCCAGCAUGCCCAAAGGUGGCGUUUUGGUCAGGGUACAGUGUCUAGGAGCUUGCUCACCAGAAGGACAGAUAAAGAGGAAAGAUUUGCACCCUAUAUUGCCAGGUAUUGAAGUAGCUGGGGUUGUACAAGAUGUGUGCCCCUCAAUACCCAACAGAAACUUCAGCACAGGAGACAGAGUUAUUUUAUACCUUGAUGAAGACUUUGCAGAGACUGGAUACCAGGAGUACAUAGCUAUUGAUGAUACUGAGAAAUGUAUCCAGAUCCCAGACUCCAUACCUUUAGAAGUAGCGGCAAUGUUACCCGGAAGUGCCCUGUCGGCAUACAGUGCAGUAAUGAAAGCCAAACCACACAUAGAGAAACUACAGGAGGUCAAAUCUGGAAUUAAUGUCCUCAUUGUUGGUGCUGGUGGAUUAGGACUCUGGGCAGUGCAGUUGGCCAAUUACAUGCUCUCACAAUUCAGUCAGACCAACAUCAAAUUAUUUGUAUCAGACAACAGUAUUGACAAACUGCUAACUGCACUAGAUCAUGGAUGUUAUGACGUCAUUCAUUGGAACGAAGAAGAUCACGAACAGUUUAUCAUAGAGCGAACACUGGAAGCCUGCAAAGGAGGAGUGGAUGUUGUCAUUGAUUUUGUCAGCUCUCCAAGAACAGUGCACAGAACUCUGAAAGUUCUCAAUAGAGAGGGUUUAAUAUUGGUUGGAGGCAACACAAUGUCAGAAGUUAGCAUCAAUUUGAAUGUCCUGGCAGCCAAACAACAAAGUAUAGUAGGAAUACCAAAAGGAUCCCUCAAAGAGCUGCUGGAAUUGGUUGACCUAGUUGCAGACCAGAAGGUCAAACCUCCCCUGUUUUCUAUUCACAAUGUUGAAGAUGCAAACCAAGUUUUUGAAGACCUUUACCAAAGUCGGAUAACAGGGCGGGCCAUUCUCAAGAUCAAUCACUCUCAAACAGUUGACAAUUGAAGAAGCCAUUGUACUGUCAGUGUGCCAAAUAAGUAAAACAAGAAAGGAAGAUGGGAUGAUUUAAUCGUCCUUAUAAUUUAUGGCAUUGCUGAUAUGCAAUACUUGGCUGUGUCCCUGAAUUCUGAGUUUUCUUCCAAUCCUGGAAGACUAGAAUUCUGGAAGCCACAUAUUCAUCCAAUCCAUGAUCUGAAACAGUAAAUGGUGCUCUGUGUAAAGUGCUUGAUGAUUGGAGAAAUCCGAUGAUCACGUGAUGAUCUGAACGAGGACUAUAGUGCUAUUACCGCAAUUCUGUGCCCCUAGUGUUCAAUAACGAGUGAUUGUUAAUUAUUUUGCAAAAUAGACCUGGAUCAUACCAUAGACUUGAUGUACUUUGCUUGAGUAUGUGUGCAUCAUUGACAUCCAAAUAAUACGAUAGCUUGUUCAACACGGUCAAGGGCGAUUUAAAAGAACUGUUGUGAACAGUUCAGACAUUGACUUGAUAUUUGUUGUCCUUUUUCGUUGCGGCAUUAUUUAUUAGUUGCAUCAAAUGUGGUGAUAUGACAUGUGAUUCAGAGAGAGUGCCGAGUGGUAGUUUUGAAUGUGUAUGAAUAUUGUGAAUGGUGUACGUGCGAAAUGAGAAUUGUUUUUGUUACAGCAAAUUAAAGAUGUAUGAUUUUUAUACUUAUUAAAAUUCAUGAACCUAAA